AUGAGAUCCUCAGUAAGUUACAUGUUAUCGCAAGCAGCUGGAGAUCCGAUUAUGGCGCAUCCAGACUAUGAGCAGCACCAUUACCACCAUGGUUGUUUGUUAAUUCUGGUGCGAGGAAUCGGCUCCUCCAAGCCACGGUCUUUGCAGCGCAUCUUCGAACGAGUGCAGCGGGUGAACAAUGUGAAAAUACCUGCCGAUUCGAAAGGCAUUGCGAGGGAUAUCUGGGUGCGCUACAUUCGUGACCAUCCGGUAGAGAACAAUGAUUGGGGUGACUUUCAAACCCAUCGCCGGCUGCUGGGCCUGAUCACGGUGGGCAAGUUCGAGGCCCAGAGUGAGCUGAACGAGCUGUGUCGGGUGCACGAAUCGCUGAAGGUGAAGUACACGCACACGCUGUUCGAUUCCCGCUGUUUGCUGUUCGGCCCGGGCACGGAUGAGCUGCAGAAGCUGAAUGGCGGUGUUAGCGGGACGGACGGUGGCAAACCCACGAUCGAAAAGUGCUUCCAGACGCCGAGCAACUUCAAGAGCCGCGCCUUCUUUUACCCCGAAAACGACCCGUGCAGCAAUUUGGAAACAAAGAUUUCGGAGUUCAUUACCUCCAUCUACUACAUACUGGAGCACAAGCGAAUGGAAAAGACGAGCGAGAAGCUGGAGAAGGCACCGCUGUUGCUGGCGCCGUUUGAAAAGAAAGAUUUCGUCGGGCUAGACCUGGAGAGUAGAAACAACAAGAAGCGCUGCAUCGGGCGCAUGACGAAGCACCUCGGCGAUCUGACGCUCCAGGCGGGUCUGGUCGCCGAGUCGCUAAAUUUCUUUCACGCCGCCAGCGAAACUCUACGUGCCAUAAGUGACUCGCUGUGGUUGGGCGCAGCCAACGAAGGGCUCUGUGCGGCAUCCGCUAUACUGCUCUACCCGAACUUUCGCUACACCAUGUCUAUACAAAGAAACUCUAGUCUGCAGGAGAACUCUUCCUCUCCCCAGAAGUUCAAUCUUGCCCGCAACCAACUGUACACCGGCAGCUACAAUGGCGAUAGCUCCACGCUGAAGCACAAAAAAUCCGACAUGGUCAUUAACCUAAGCGCCUCCGACACGACCACGAUUCUGAACGCGGACAAAACGUCCGCCUCGUCCAACUCUUCGGCAUCGUCGAUCAGCUCGAGCUUAUCGUCCGGUUCGGCGGGCAGCGGUACGGCCAGCGGCAGUGGCUCCUCAUCCGACUCAGGGACGUUAGUGAACAAGACGGGGACCGGUGUCGCACCGAAAUUUCCCAGCAAUAUCUUGCAACCGGACGAAAUUACGGUGCGCUAUCGGGAUGCCAUCAUAAACUACAGCAAGUACCGGAAUGCCGGCAUCAUCGAAACCGAGGCAGCGUUGAAGGCGGCUCGCAUUUGUAUUGAGCAGGGUAAGAAUCUGGAUGUGGCCAUGUUUUUACAGAACGUGCUUUACAUCAAUCUGAACAUGACCGAGCAGCAGCGGGUACGGCGGUUUGAGGUACUGACGGAUCUGUACCAAAAGAUCGGUUACAAUCGCAAGGCGGCAUUCUGUCAGCGGUUGGCAGCCUGGCGUCAUGUCGCCCAAAGCAACAGCAAUCCCGACUGGGGCCAGAGCUAUCGGUUGAUGUUGGAAAGCUUCUCCGGCCACAAACUGUCGCUGGAACCGAACGAGGUGCUCGAGAAUAAUAUGGGUUGGCCGGUGCUGCAGAUUGAUCUGCUGCAGCAGCUAGUUGGAACCGCUCGGCGAUUAGGCCAAUCGGCACUGGCAACGCGUCACAUGACUUUUCUGCUGCAAACGAUGUGGAAAAACUUAUCCGCCCAGGAACAGCGCGAAAUGGCACUGCAGCUGCAAAAUCUGAGCGCCCAGUGCGAGGGAGCACCGGUUCCGUUGGUGCUGGAGAACGGUAUUGUAAUACCGCCGGCUAAUCUGACCGAUCUGCCCCAUUGCGGUCAGCUGCAGGUGAAGGAUCUAGCACCCCAUCUGAAACCGGUCAAAAUCGUCGUUAACAAGGUGGACAGUGGACCGUUUCUCUUUACGCCAAUACACUUCAGUUCGCUUGACCGGCGCGGCGUCGAGAAGGAUGAUAGCAAAAUCACGUUCAACUGGGUGCAGCACGAUGUUUGCGAGGUAAGCUUGAGCCUGAUGAAUCCACUACCGUUCGAGCUGCAGGUGACGGAUAUGCGGCUGCUAACGACGGGCGUUGUGUUUGAAGCCUUCCCACAAACCGUCACCCUGCAGCCCAACGUGUCAACGAACGUAUCGCUACACGGCACAUCGAUCGAGUGCGGAGAGCUGGAAAUCCAAGGCUACAGCACACACACGCUGGGUGUGAAAUCGAACUGCCGUCUGAAGCAUAUGCUCCAUCGAAAGGAACGCCAUUUGCCACCGUGCUACAAGGUGAAGGUAAUUCCGGCGCUACCGAAGUUGGAGACGAAAACGAGCCUACCGCAGACGGCCACGUUCAGCGGAAUGCCAAACGCAGACUAUGUCACUACCUCGGCCAGCAUCACGCUGUACAAUGGCGAACGGGGCGAAUGUACGAUCACGCUGAAGAACACGAGCAACAUUCCGAUCGAGUACGUGGACGCUACGUUCCAUUCGACGUUGGAGGCUUCGUUGCAGAAUCGGAUAUUUCAGCUAGCGACGGACGAGCUGCAUCGGAAGUUGCCAAUCCAACCGAACGAAAGUAUCGACUUUAAGCUGGUAAUUUUCGGGGAGGCUGAUUUCCUUGGUGCGCUCACUGCCGGACCAGGUCAGAUAGCGGGUUAUGCGCUUUCGAACCACCCGGAUGGGAUGAACAGUGCUGGUCCACAAAGUUUAACCGUUUCACAUGGAGGAGGCGCAGGACCGUUACAGGGUGGGGGGUUGCUUUCGGGCGGUGGUAGUGGCAAUCCGAGCAUACCGAGCCGAAUAAGCUCACCGACGAACACGCAUCGACGGAAUGAGUUGCUGACGUCGAGUUUUCGUUCGUCCCAUUCGGGACACUCGUCGCUGGCCACGCUUAGCGUUGGCAUAUCGACCGGGCACAUGCCGCGCCAACUGGAUGCACAGCUCCGGUUCAAAUACUCCGGUGGAGAAGGCUUACAGGAAGGCUUCUGUCGACAGUGUGCAAUCUCGUUCAAUGUAGAGCUGCUUCCAAGCGCACAAAUUACCAACUGGGAUGUUUUGUCGGCGGAAAUACCGUCCCAGUUUUAUCUGGUGCUGGACGUGGUGAAUCUAACGGCGCAGGAAAUGUCACUCAACUAUACCUCCAACAAAACAAUACUCAUCGAGGCUAAGGAAAGCUGUCGUGUACCGGUGCCGGUGCAACGAUGCCCGCUGGAGCGCAUUUUUGCGGCUGUGGCCGAACAUCAGCAGCACCAACAUCACAACCACAAUCUGCACCAUCAUCACCAUCACCACCCGCACCAUCAUCAGAUUCACUCGCUCGGUAGCGGUUCGGCGGACCAUCACAAUAUGCCUAGCAUUCUGAGUGGUGUAGCCGGUACGAGCUCGAGCGAUAGUUCCGAUCUGACCGAGCGCGUCUGUUCCGAGCAUAUAUCGGAAAACGUGAAUCUGAAAUGGUCCCUACCUGCCAUCGAUUGUCACGGUACGGCGUCGUUGCGUGGUAUUACCCUCUCGCCAACGAUGCUCGAUUUGGUGACCGUCCCUCCGCUCGAGUGGGAGGUCAAAGUUGACGACCAGGUGGUGGCACCACAGUCCGAGGUAUCGUGCGUUACUGGGCAAUUUCUUAGCUUUAGCAUUAGCAUCUGCAAUCUGUCGGCAUCGGUACUGCACCAGGUGCAGCUGUCGGUGCAGUUUUAUCAAGAUUAUCAAAACGGUGUUCAAAACUAUCGGCUAGAAACGCGCGUCACAAUGUCCGGUCCUAACCACAUACUCAUUCCAUCUCUUAACAAAGACGAGAAAGCGUUCCACAAGUGCUCGGUACUAUUCUUCACUCCCGGUCGCUUCAAGGCGGAUAUUCAAUGCAGGUCCCUUAGCUCGACAUUGCAAACUGCGCCGCUACAACGGCCGGACGAGUCCGGUGGGAUGCCGCUCCUAACGACACCGGGUCCGGACAGCGCAUCACACGUGUGGCGGUUUAUUCCUCCGAUCGAAAUAACCGUCCUAGAUCAACAGUAG